AUGACUUUGCCUACUCUCUCGUCUCUUCCCGUAGACUUUAUAGCCCUAUCCAGCCACAAAGUUCAAACCUUUCACCGCCAAUUUCCAUUUCUUUCCCGAGAUUUUCCUCCGAACCAUUGGCCCGACAUACCAUCAGACUCCGGAGAGACGCGACGGGCGGUGGCCAGGCCCCACGACGGAGCAGGAUCAGCUCCGGCGGAUCAGGAACAGCUUCCUUGCCCUCGCUGCGACUCCACCAACACCAAGUUCUGCUACUACAACAACUACAACUUCUCCCAGCCCCGCCACUUCUGCAAGUCCUGCCGCCGCUACUGGACCCACGGCGGCACCCUCCGUGACAUUCCCGUCGGCGGCGGCUCCCGCAAGACCACCAAACGGUCCCGCACUUGCUCCUCCUCCUCCCUCACCACCGCUACCGCCGUUGUUUCCACCUCCACCGACGGCCGGAGCUUCUUUUUCCCGGCGAACCAGGUUCUGUUUUCCUCCGGUACAGACUCUAAUGGCGGCAGCAUUCCGGCGACCGUUCACGAGGUGAAGGAAAGUGCGUCAUCGCUUUGUGGGAGUUUUACGUCUCUGUUGAACAACAACGCGUCUCUGUUGAACAACAACGCCGCCGUGACGACAAAUGGGUCUAGUGGGCUUAUUGGGCUCAACAAUUUUGGGCUUGGACUGGGAUCGGGUUUUGAUGACGUGGCUUUCGGGCUUGGAAGAGCAGUCUGGCAGUUUUCCACGGUGGGCGACGCUACAGCUGGAGUUGGGAGUAACGGUGGUCCCGCGCCGUCGAUGCCCGCCACGUGGCAUCUAGAGAGCCUACACAACAACAUCGGAUUCAUCGCCGGAGAGUGUUUCGCGUGGCCAGAUCUCGCCAUAUCAACCACUGGGAAUACAUUCAAGUGGUGUUAAAGCUUCUGUCUUAGUCCGAGGGUUUCGUUUCUUCUUCUUCUCUAUCGUGGUGUCUGGUCGAUUUAGAUUUAAGUUAUUAGCACCACAUCCGUGCCAACAUAGAGUCCGACUCUGAUUUCGAAUGGAAAAACCGAUACUUUUACAGUCUAAAUACACUCAG